AUGGCCAUUACAAGGUUUCUCUUUGCUGGUUUGCUUUUGUUUACCAUGCUCUUAAGUUUCAGCUACGCAGCUAUAACGCCGACAAGUCCUUUGUCUAUAGGACAAACUCUCAUUUCUUCCAACAAGGUUUAUGAGUUGGGAUUCUUCAGUCCAAAUAACACCCAGGAUCAUCAGUAUGUUGGAAUCUGGUUCAAGGAUACCACUCCACAGGUCGUUGUGUGGGUGGCCAAUAGAGAAAAACCCAUUACAGACUCCACAGCAAAUCUAGCUAUCAGCAGCAACGGAAGUCUUCUCUUAUCUAAUGGCAAACAUGGCGUUGUGUGGUCCACUGGAGUAACGUUUGCCUCUAGCGAGUGUCGUGUAGAGCUUUCAGACAGCGGAAAUCUUAUUGUCAUAGACAAUGUUUCACUAAGAUUUUUAUGGCAAAGCUUUGAGCAUCUUGGUGAUACUCUCCUUCCUUCCUCGUCACUGACGUAUAAUCUUGCCACCGGUGAGAAGCGGGUGUUGACUUCUUGGAAAAGUUACACUAAUCCAUCGCCUGGCGACUUCGUGGGUCUGAUUACACCGCAAGUGCCGUCACAGGGGUUUAUUAUGAGAGGCUCAACGCCUCACUGGAGAAGUGGUCCAUGGGCUAAAACAAGGUUCACUGGCCUACCUUUCAUGGAUGAAUCAUAUACAACUCCAUUCAGCCUACACCAGGAUGUAAACGGGUCAGGAUACUUUUCUUUCUUUCAAAGAAGCUACAACCUUUCACGUGUAACUUUAACAUCAGAGGGAUACUUGAAGUUGUUUCACCAUAGUGGAAUAAAUUGGGUAUUUGACUAUGAGGCUCCAUCACAUUCAUGUGAUAUUUACGGUGUAUGUGGACCUUUUGGGGUGUGUGUUUGGUCAGUUCCUGUACAGUGUAAAUGCUUCAAAGGGUUUAUACCAAAAUCCGUUGAGGAGUGGAAAAGAGGAAAUUGGACUGAAGGUUGUGUGAGGCGUACCGAACUACUGUGCCAAGGAAAGUCUACUGGCAAAGAUGUAAACAUCUUUCAUCCUGUUGCCAACAUAAAGCCUCCAGACUUUUAUGAAUUUGCAAAUGCUGUGAAUGCUGAAGAGUGCUACCAAAGUUGCCUCCGAAAUUGUUCUUGCUUGGCCUUGGCUUAUAUUCAAGGAAUAGGAUGCUUAAUGUGGAACCAAGAGCUAAUGGACGCAGUGCAAUAUCCUUCAGGAGGAGAACUUCUUUCCAUUCGGCUUGCACAUUCUGAAUUAGAUGGAAAUAAGCGCAAGAAAACCAUUGUCGUUAGUACAGUGAGCCUUACCCUUUUUGUGAUCUUGGGCUUUGCUGCUUUUGGCCUCUGGAGAUGCAGAGUGGAACAUAACGCUCAUAUAGCAAAGGAUCCAUGGAGGAAUGAUCUGAAUCCACAAGUUGUCCCAGGUUUAGAUUUCUUUGAGAUGAAUACCAUUCAAGCUGCCACCGAUAAUUUUAGUCUAUCAAACAAACUCGGACAAGGUGGAUUUGGUUCAGUUUACAAGGGAAAACUGCAAGAUGGGAAAGAAAUCGCGGUAAAACGGCUUUCUAGCAGCUCUGGACAGGGCAAAGAGGAGUUCAUGAAUGAAAUACUACUCAUCUCAAAGCUACAACACAGAAACUUAGUCCGGGUUUUGGGAUGCUGUAUUGAAGGAGAAGAGAAGCUAUUGAUUUAUGAGUUCAUGGUGAACAAGAGCCUCGAUACUUUUAUCUUUGAUUCAAGAAAAAGGCUUGAGAUUGAUUGGCCAAAGAGAUUUGAUAUCAUUCAAGGUAUUGCGCGUGGACUUCUCUAUCUCCACCACGACUCACGCCUCAGGGUUAUUCACCGAGAUCUCAAGGUCAGCAAUAUUCUUCUGGAUGAGAAAAUGAACCCAAAAAUAUCAGAUUUCGGAUUGGCUCGGAUGUAUCAGGGAACCCAGUAUCAGGACAACACUCGCCGGGUUGUAGGAACUCUAGGAUAUAUGGCUCCUGAGUAUGCAUGGACUGGGAUGUUCUCUGAGAAGUCAGACAUCUACAGCUUUGGAGUUCUGUUGUUAGAAAUCAUCAGCGGAGAGAAGAUCUCAAGGUUCCGCAAUGGUGAAGAAGGCAAAACCCUUCUUGCAUAUGCAUGGGACUCCUGGUGUGAAACCAAAGGAGUCGAUUUUCUGGACCGAGAUCUUGCCGAUUCAUGUCAUCCAUCUGAAGUUGGGAGGUGUGUCCAGAUUGGUCUGCUCUGUGUUCAACACCAACCUGUAGACAGACCCAACACACCUGAGUUGCUGUCUAUGCUCACCACAACAUCAGAUCUUCCAUCACCGAAACAACCUACAUUUACAGUACACAGUAGAGCUGAUGAAUCCAUGUCUAGCGAUUUGAUCACCGACAAUGGGAUGACACAAUCUGUGAUCCAAGGGCGUUAA